CUCACCUGUCUCCACAGAUGCUGGAUGAGAACCACCACCUGAUCCAGUGCAUCCUGGAGUACCAGAGCAAGGGCAAGACAGCCGAGUGCACGCAGUACCAGCAGAUCCUGCACCGGAACCUGGUCUACCUGGCCACGAUCGCUGACUCCAACCAGAACAUGCAGUCCCUGCUCCCUGCCCCGCCCACCCAGAACAUGAACCUGGGCCCCGGCGCGCUGGCGCAGAGCGGCUCCAGCCAGGGCCUUCAUGCGCAGGGCAGCCUGAGCGACACCAUCAGCACGGGCCUGCCACCGUCCUCACUCAUGCAGGGCCAGAUCGGCAAUGGGCCAAACCACGUGUCCAUGCAGCAGACAGCACAGAGCACACUGCCUACCACCUCCAUGAGCAUGUCAGGCAGCGGCCAUGGCUCGGGACCUGGCUAUAGCCACUCGGGACCUGCCUCGCAGAGCGUCCCCAUGCAGGGGCAGGGCGCCAUUGGCAACUAUGUGUCACGGACCAACAUCAACAUGCAAUCCAACCCAGUCUCCAUGAUGCACCAGCAGGCGGCCACGUCCCACUACACCUCGGCGCAGGGCGGGAGCCAGCACUACCAGGGCCAGUCGUCCAUGGCCAUGAUGGGCCAGGGCGGCCAGGGGAACAGCAUGAUGGGGCAGCGGCCCAUGGCACCCUACCGGCCCUCCCAGCAAGGCUCUUCCCAGCAGUACCUGGGCCAGGAGGAGUACUACGGCGAGCAGUACAGCCACAGCCAGGGCGCCUCGGAGCCCAUGAGCCAGCAGUACUACCCCGACGGCCAUAGCGAUUAUGCCUACCAGCAGUCGUCCUACACGGAGCAGAGCUACGACCGGGCAUUUGAGGAAUCCACACAGCACUACUACGAGGGGGGGAGCUCCCAGUACAGCCAGCAGCAGGCCGGGUACCAGCAGGGCACGGCCCAGCAGCAGGCCUACUCACAGCAGCAGUACCCUAACCAGCAGAGCUACCCCGGGCAGCAGCAGGGCUACGGGCCUGCCCAGGGUGCCCCGUCGCAGUACCCCAGCUACCAGCAAGGACAAGGCCAGCAGUAUGGGAGCUACCGAGCGUCGCAGACAGGACCAUCCGCCCAGCAGCAGCGGCCUUACGGCUACGAGCAGGGCCAGUACGGAAAUUACCAGCAGUAAGGGACAUGCACUCUCACUGGAGCCCUUGUGGUAGCGUGUCCAUCCAGGGGAUCGAUGGGCCCACGGCAGUUCUGCUGACUGUGACGUAUUGGUUACCCCUUCACCCAGUGCCACGUCUGCAUGUGAAGCGUGCUCAUUUCAUGCUGGAUAUGACGCCGAGCGUGCACCGCUGGUGCGAGACAGUGCUUGGAUGGUGUGACACAUUUGGUGCUGUGUAUAGUAUUGUAUUUCAAUACAAUGGCGAGCUUGUCCUUUUUUGUCCCCCACUCCUUCUUGAUGUCUCUAGCUAGCUUUGGGGGUCACUUUGUCAUCGGAGUAUUCUGUGCCCAGUAACAGGACACACCUGAAAGACACCACAGUCCACGUGUUCGUAUCAACAGACCUCAGGUCUGGUCUCUCCUCAUGCAAUUGUCGUAAUAUGGGUUGUGAACUUUUCUUUAACUGGCUGUUGAUGCACGUGCAGCCCCAAUGGCGGCCUCCUCUGGCGCCUCGACAGGGUGGCUGGGAGGGAAUCUUCUGUGUUCCAGGUCAGCUUCUGUUCCACGGUGAAAAGGGUAAACACACUCCCUUGGGGAGACCACAGACGGUUUCCAAGCUUGCUCAUUACCUGUGUCUCUUGCUUCCUGCCUUUAUCCAGAAAGGUGUAUGUUUUUGUGUUAAAUAGUAAAGAGGGAUCAGUGACGAUAUUCCAAAUAAGCAUGACUCCAUGGGGCAGUGUCCGACAAGCCUAGCCCAAGGAGAAUGGUACUGCUGAGGGAAAGAGGGCAGCUCUCUGGGAAUUGCAUCAUCAGAGAGCACUCUGGCUUUGACCCUUGUUUAUCUGACAGUCAUUCUGGGAUUUGAAUGUGGUGCAGUGUGCCCAAUUAUAAACUUAUGGAUAAUUCAAAAUAUUGACACCAAUUCUUCCAAACAGUUGGCAAGUUGUUUAUUUUAUAUUAUUUCUUCCAGGACCUACUGGUUCAGAUCCCCAAGCAAGCGUUCCUUUUCUUUUAUGUAUAGUUGAAAUUCACAUCUUUUUUUUUCUGAGUCAGG